GUUCAUGGUGAAAAUAAACAGUAUAUAUUUCUAGCAUCAGGUACGCAGUACACACAUUGUAAGGCACUAGUUGUACUUAGGACCCCACUGUUACGUGGACGUACAAGGACUGGUCAUUAUGAGGGUUAUCUACCGGACAGCACUACUCACGGUGUGGUACGCGAUGGUCUGUGUAUACGGACAGAGGGACCGGAAACCAGCCACAGACCUGACCAUCGACCAGAUUAUAUUAAAAACUAUGGGUGAUAAUCAAAUGGCAGCCAAUUUAGUCCAGAUACCCGGUGGCAAAAAACUCGCUGAACUGGACAUGAUGCUGACCCCAGAACAGUUUGCUGCGUUUUAUCCAGACACCACAAAGAAAAGGAAGAAGAGAAAAGCUGUGAGGAACACGGUCUUCCGUUGGCCCAAUGCUGUGAUGAAGUAUGCAUUCAGAGAUGGAGUGUUCAGUAAUUUAGACAAAUACAUGAUCAAGGUGUCGAUGAGGGAAUGGGAGAAGUACACGUGUGUCCGCUUCGAGGAGAGGGAGCCAUCCGAUACUGACUACGUUUUAUUUAACGACGGCUUUGGAUGUAACUCACAGUUAGGAAUGGUGAGGGGAGAACAGCUCCUCAAUUUGGAUGCCAACGGAUGCAGAUGGAAAGGAUUGUACUUGCACGAGAUAGGCCACGCCCUCGGCCUUAUUCAUGAGCACCAGCGACCAAUCAGAGAUGGAUUCAUCAGGAUCCUUAGUCAGAACGUGGAACCUUCCAUGCGGCGCUGGUUCGAAAAGUACCCGGCUGGCACUGUCAAUCCCUACAACGUCUCAUACGAAUACUCCUCUGUCAUGCACUACGGAAUUACGGCCUUCUCCAGCGACGGAAAAAAACAAACCAUCCAGGCCACACAGUCGGACAGAGAAAGCGAGAUUGGACGUGUAUACCUAAAGGAACUGUCGUUUACCGAUAUAGAGGUCGUCAGCAACAUGUAUAACUGUAACGAUCACUGUGACAAAGUGAGCAAGGUUUGCGUCAAUGGCGGAUUUCUGGACCAAAACUGUGAAUGUCUCUGUCCAGAUGGUACAUACAAUUGCGAGCAGGGCAACGUUCAGCCGGGAGACCCGAGUUGUGUCAACAUUGCCAGCGACUGGCAGUGUAACAUAUGGGCUACACAGGCGGAGUGCUCCAACAACGCCCCUUUCAUGAACGACAAAUGUCGUAAAGCUUGUGGUGUCUGUGGAAGGCCGACAUCUAGUGCAGAUGACAGGGGUGAGUGUGUCGAUUUUUAUGACGAUGCAGCGUGCAGAAAAUGGAAGGACAAUGGCGACUGUAUCGUCAAUGAGGAAUGGAUGAGACGAAGCUGCAACUACACGUGUGGAUUAUGUGACCGAAACGCCAGCCCACCCGGAACGAGCUGUGAAAACCGCCACAACAGUGAUAGCCAGUGUGAAGAGUGGGCCCGUAAAGGAGAGUGUCAGAUUAAUCCAGCCUGGAUGCCAGACAACUGUCAGAAAGCUUGUCGUACAUGUCCCAUCACAGGAUCGACCACACGUAGACCACGAGUGACCACACGUAGGCCACAAGUGACCACGACACGCUCACGAGUGUCAACACGGCGACCAGUAACAACCACCCGACGGCCAAUAAGAACAACUACUCCCUAUACAACACCUACUACAACCGCUAUACCCAGAGCUGACUGCUUAAACCGCUGGCCAGACUCCAGUUGCGAUGCCUGGGCAAAGGGUGGUCACUGUCAAAUCAACCCCACAUUCAUGGAGGUCAACUGCAUGCUGUCUUGUGACGAAUGUCCACAGAAAAAGGAGACCACUUCGAAUACAGGAGACACAGACACUACUGGAGUUAUGACAACCACUGGCAAUUCAGAGUGUAAAAAUAGCCCGGACUGGGAUAAGUACUGUGGUGACUGGGCCAAUCAUGACCACUGUUCUCUCAAUCCCGGCUGGAUGAAGGUCUUUUGUAUGAAGUCCUGUAGGUCGUGCUCUUCAUCUUUACGUCAACUAGCCAAACGACAGGCUAUGGCUGAGGGAGUCAUUAACGAGGACGGGUCCAUUAAAAACGGGACGAAUCCAUUUGGAGAGAUGCCUCUGACCCCGCUGAACUCUGCGGCCACUGAGAGGUCAAUCUUUGGCCUUCUCCUCACAAUGGCAAUCUGUGCUCUCAUGGGUCAUUAGUUCAUCAGCACCAACUGUGAUAAACUUCAAUAGUAAUGUUAUCAUGAUGUCUGAACGGUGGUAUUUGGUUUUUCUUUUGUGAGAAUUGUACGUGUCGUGUGUCUGCUGCUAUCUCCUCAACAGUAUCUCUUUAAUUACAAUUAAUGUGUGUGACAAGUUCUGUCAUGAAUAUUCAACAUGAUGCAAUAUAAGUCAAGGUAUGCUGGAAUCCUAAUUUGAAAUAAAUAUAUAUAUAUAUAUAUAUAUAACAUUGAAGUUGGGAUGCCGAUUUCAUUAUCAAAACUGGUCUUCCAGCAUAUCAUAAUUAAAAUAGUCUAACAAAUAUAAAUAAACCAAGACCAGGUGGUCGGGCCUGUACCUAUUAAGCACACGCAAUUGUUGACUAAAGUGUUGGAUAGGACUGUGAUAGCAUUGUGUCCGAUGUCUGUUGUAGUCUUUAGCAGUCGACCCUGGCUGUAAUAGACCCGAUAUAAGUUGUAUACUAUUGUUCGCACACGUUUACAUUGGGAAAGCUUUAUACAGAUUUUAUUGAUGUAUUUCUGUGAUAAAACGAAUCUUAGCGUGCAGUCGCUUUAGAAAUGGUUGGGUAGAUAUUUGAUCAAGGGAACCACGCUUCCGGACAAUCAUCCUAUAUUUAAGUAUUAGGAACAGAUCUGGAAGAGUAAGACUUUAAUUUUUAGAAGUUUCCGGAACCUAAGUUUUAUCGCUCCUACGUUUGAUGUGGAUCAAACAUAGUCUCAUUAAACAACCUAUGCAAAGAUAACUUUGGUUGCAAAAAAUAUGUGUUUUAUAUAUUGUUACUUUAAAAAAAAA